AUGAGGAGUAAUUUUAAUUUCUCUAACCUAUGCGGUACCGUGUAUAGACAGGGAAACGUCGUCUUCACGCAGGAUGGCAACAGCGUCCUCAGUCCGGUGGGCAACCGCGUUAGCAGCUUCGAUCUAGUCAACAACAACUCGUUCACGUUCCCUUGCGAGAACAGGAAGAACAUCGCUAGAAUUGCUUUGAGUCCAGAUGGCAGGAUAUUGGUCACAGUCGACGACGACGGAAGAGCGCUGCUCAUCAACGCCAAACGUCGUACAAUUCUCCACCACCACAACUUCAAGAAGCCCGUCAAAGACUUAUGUUUUUCCCCCGAUGGCAAGUUCCUGGCCGUCACCCACGGAAGCCAUGUGCAGGUUUGGAGAGCGCCCUCGUUCUUGAUCAGGGAGUUUGCCCCAAUGGUCCUGUUUAGAACCUACACGGGCCAUUUCGACUCUGUCACAUCAAUCACUUGGUCGCCCUGCUCAAGAUUCUUUGUUACCUGCAGCUAUGAUAUGACUGCCAGGCUCUUUACUCUUGACACCUUGCCAGGCUUUAGGCCAAAAACGCUCUCAGGACAUAAAGACAGAGUCGUUAACGCUUACUUCUCAAAAGACAGCAAGUCUAUCUAUACUGUGUCCAGAGAUGGCGCUGUAUUCGUAUGGACCGCAAAGCCAUCUGAAGAUGAGUCCUCCAGUGAAGACAGCGAAGAAGACAGCGACAGUGACAGCAGCAGCAAUAACGAUACUAACGUGGAUGAAAGUAGACGUAUUGCUGACACCAGAUGGGGCGUUUCUUCCAGACACUACUUCAACAUGCCCGCAACCAGAGUCGUUUGCUCAACAUUCCACCAAAAAAGCUCCCUCCUCGUCGUCGGGUUUAGCACCGGUGUUUUUGGUCUAUGGGAGCUGCCAUCAUUCACCAAUUUACACACAUUGUCUAUUUCGCAGGAGAAGGUCACUUCCGUAGACAUCAAUCCUUCGGGAGAGUGGUUGGCAUUCGGUGCCAAGAAGUUGGGUCAAUUGUUAGUGUGGGAGUGGCAAUCAGAAAGCUACGUCCUCAAGCAACAAGGUCAUUAUUCGGACAUGAACACUGUAUCUUACGCACCUGACGGCCAGCUGGUUGCAACCGGUGGUGAUGAUGGUAAAGUGAAAUUGUGGAAUCUAUCAUCAGGCUUUUGUACUGUCACAUUUAGCGACCACAGUGCAGCCAUCUCACAAGUAGAAUUCGCCAAGCAAGGAAAAGUUCUUUUCUCUGCCUCUUUAGAUGGAACUGUCCGUGCAUAUGAUUUGAUACGCUACAGAAACUUCAGAACAUUCACAUCACCUUCCCCAACCCAGUUUAGCUCAAUGACAGUAGAUGAGUCGGGUGAGGUUUUGGCUGCAGGAUCAAUCGACACAUUCGAAAUCUUCUUGUGGUCUGUACAGACCGGCAAGCUAAUGGAUGUCAUGUCAGGACAUGAAGGUCCCGUCUCUGGACUUUCAUUCGGACCAGGCGGCGCUCAAUUAGCAUCUUCCUCGUGGGAUAGAACAAUCAGAGUAUGGGAUAUUUUCAGAAGAGCUAGAACUGUUGAACCCUACUCAAUCAACUCUGAUGCCUUGACUGUGGUGUUCAGACCAGACGGUAAAGAGUUGGCUACAUCCACCCUUGACGGUCAAAUACAGUUCUGGUCUUUAGAAGAUGACAAGCAGACUGGUGUGAUUGAAGGUCGCAAAGACGUAUCUGGAGGUCGCAAGCAAGAUGACCGAAUCACAGCUAAUAACAACUCGUCUGGAAAGAGCUUUAACAGCUUGUGUUACACUGCUGAUGGUAACUAUAUACUGGCAGGCGGUAACAGUAAAUACGUGUUGCUUUAUGAUGUGAAAGAAGGCGUAGCCUUGAAGAAGUUUCAAAUCUCCGAUAAUCUGUCUCUGGAUGGAACGCAAGAGUUCUUGGACAGUAGAUUGCAAUUGGAAGAUGGAACCAACAUCAGUAAUGGUAUUCAAGGUGAUGAGAGUGACUUAGAAGAUCGCCUGGAUCACUCGCUGCCUGGCGCACAAGGUGGGGACUUGUCAAGGCGCAAGUACAGACCUGAAAUAAGAACAAAGAGCGUCAAGGUCUCGCCGACAGGCCGCACAUGGUCGGCUGCAUCUACUGAUGGGUUGAUCGUAUACUCGCUCGAUGAGAGUGCUCUAUUCGAUCCAUUCGAUUUGGACAUUGAUCUGACGCCGGAGAGCGUCACAAAGACGGUCAAGAAGGGCGACUAUUUGGUGGGAUUGAUAAUGGCGUUCAGAUUGAAUGACGAAAAGAUUAUCGAGAUGGUUUACACUAGCACUCCACCAGUUGAGAUAAGGUUGAUUGUGAAGCAAUUACCGCUAGUAUAUGUCGAUAAGCUGGUUUCAUUCAUUGGAAAGCACAUGGAGCGAAGCGUUCACCUCGAGUUCGACUUGCUCUGGGUAUCCUCGCUUUUGACUUUCCACGGCAGGACGUUGCGUUCACGCCAGAUAGAAUUCGCUACGCCUUUGAGAAGCGUGCAGAAAGGUCUAAUCGAUUGGCAGAAGGAUGUCACCGCGUUAUGCGAAGAAAACGGAUUUACAAUGGAAUAUCUCCUGUCACAACCUAUAGAAGUAGACAAUGUACUGUAA